GCAGUAUUAUAGGUGUGUGAUGUAAAAUUUGCCAGAAGCUUCCUCAAUCCAUUAGAAUCGCGAUAUGGCUGCGAACUUGAUGCGAUGUGGCUGUACAGUGAUGAAAGUGUCGCAGACGCAGCUUCGCCAAAAUUUGGUGAGGAUUUCUGCGUUUCAUUGUGGUGCGACGCUUGCUGAUCGUGAUGUCGGGGGAAUCGAUCGGAAAGAUACACCGACCGUCCUGACUCCCAAUGAAGAACAAAUUCGUCAGAAACUUCUAAGGGAACCAACAAUAACGACCGAUGAACCGAUGUCGGUUUGGGAGGUCAGCGGUGUUCCUAAAGAACACAUCAAAGAACGUCUCGUAAGAAUCUAUAGCCCUGCCCGAAACGCCAUGCAGAGUGGUUCACACAAUACCCAUCAUUGGAAAAUCGAAUUCGACUCCAGGGAACGCUGGGAAAAUCCCCUAAUGGGAUGGACCUCUACUGGUGAUCCGUUAUCCAACACGCAAGUGAAAUUCGAUUCAAAAGAAGCUGCGAUACAGUUUUGCGAGAAAAAUGGCUGGGCGUAUACCGUUGAUGAAAAAUUGUCCCCGAAACCAAAAAGUCGCUACAGAGUGUCUCCUUCCUUUUUGGAUCGUCUCGGCCUGACAGCGGAAUUGGCAGGUCAUGACGGCUGUGUUAAUUGCAUUGAGUGGAACGAUAAGGGAACAAUUCUUGCUUCCGGGUCUGACGACUACCAUGUCAUGCUGUGGGAUCCGUUUAGGAGGAAAUGCAUUUCCAAGUAUCAGACAGAUCAUUGCGGUAAUAUCUUCUCGGUCAAGUUCCUGCCAGGAUCCAUGGACCGAACUAUCGCGACGUCAUCUGCCGAUACAGAAGUUCACGUUCAUGACCUUGAAAAGGCGGAAACCAUUUUUCGGUGUUCCUGCCACACAGGGCGAGUGAAGCGAUUGGCUGUUGCACCAGACACUCCAUAUUUGCUCUGGAGCGCUGGAGAAGAUGGAUUCAUAAUGCAAUUCGACAUGCGUACUCCCCACGUCUGCUUCCGGCCACCGUCUUCUCCAACGUAUGGUCCCCAAAAUGCUGGUGAUGCCGAUAAUAACGAAGAUCCCUUGCAUCAAGAACAACGGCAUCCUGCUUCAACAUUCAUCAACUUGGCGGACCUGAUCAGUAACUCAGUUGAAGCGAAGUGCAUCAGUGUUAAUCCUGUUCGACCGGAGUACCUGGCAAUUGGUGCAAAUGACCCUUUCGUUCGUAUCUACGAUCGCCGAAUGUUGCCUCCUAGUCCAAUCUCAUCAGCAGGGUUGAGCGAAAAUCCUGGCUGUGUUCGGUAUUUCAGUCCUGGUCAUCUGGAUCAUAAGACAGAAUCUCGUACUUACCGGAGUUUGAACGUUACGUAUAUUGCGUUUAGUCCUGACGGAAGCGAGCUCAUUGCGAACAUCGGCGGAGAACACAUCUAUCUGUUCGAAGUAGAUUCGUCUCUAGUUUUCGAUCCGGAUCGGACUCAGGUCUUGGACACUUCGAUUAUCCGCCAAUUCAAAUCCGAUGAUAGCGUUGGGGGAAGCACUGUUAACAACAUGUACGCGCAAUGGGAAGCCAGUCGUGCGAGUCGUCCGUGUGCAGCUCCUUCCCGCAUUUCCAGCGAACUGGAGGAAAAAGCCGAACAAUUAUUUGAAGAUGGCGAUCUUGUGCGUGCUAUAGAAGUCUUUAAUGAAGCAAUUGUGAUGAAACCUGAUGCUGCCGGAAUAUACGGAUACAGAGCCGCGGUUUAUAUGAAAAGAAAGUGGGACGGAGAUUUGUAUGCAGCUUUGAUUGAUUGCUGCCAUGCUUUAAAGUUGGAUGACAGCGAUUUCAAAGCCCAUUUUCGGUUGAUCCGUUGUUUCUUGGAGUUGAGAAUGCUUAACGAAGCCAUGGACUGUUUGAAAGUUUUCAAGUCGAAAUACCCUGAACAGUGUGAAGGAACAGCAUUCCGAACGCUAUUAGAAGACAUGCAGUCUGCCAAAGACGAAUUACAACUGCUCAACUCUUCGUCGUCGUCCUCUUCAUCCAGUACGAGUAGCCGAGUGGGAUUUGGAGUUCGCUGGAUGCCCAGAUUGAGUCCCAGGGAUUUCGCCAAUGCAUCUGAAGACGUCGAAAGUGACCACGAAGCGGACGGUUCGGUAAUAUCCGAUGCAGGGCGCCAAUUCCAGCUUUGUUUCGAACCUAUGAGUGGCGAAAAAUUGCCAAAAGAUGAAGCAAAUCUGGAGUCCAAAUUGAGAUCUCUAGCCAAGGAUUACCUGUAUCGAUAUUGUGGUCAUUGCAACACCACAACCGAUAUUAAAGAAGCGAAUUUCUUCGGCGGGAAAGAUGGGUUCAUCGUCGCUGGUUCAGAUGAAGGAUAUAUCUUCAUUUGGGAUCGUAAAACGACAAAUAUUCGGAAAGUUUUGAGAGGCGACGAUUCCAUUGUCAACUGCCUGCAACCACAUCCGACGUGCUGCAUGCUGGCUACUUCAGGGAUCGAGCCUGUCAUCAGAAUUUGGACGCCACGAGCCGAUGAUGACAAUGACGGCAGAGUGGUGACGGAUAUCGUAGGCUCAGCUUCCGCGAAUCAAAGACGCAUGAAAACGGAUCCAAUCGAAAUAAUGCUUCGAGGCUUUGCCGCUGCAGCGGAGUUCGACGAUGAUCCUCCUCGUCAAGGGUUACCGUUUCCCCUGACGUGCCGGCCGAGCUAA